GGCACAUUUUGCGGGGCUUCAGUGAGAAGUUAAAACCACCUCUCCAGCGUUGCGAGGAAGCGACCAGGCAUGCCGCUACGUUGACGCAGACACUCGCCAAUUUCAUCUACAUUCAACGUCGCCAUUUUCCUAAGGAAGUUAAGAAGGCGGGGAAAAACCAACAACAACCUGCGGCGAUUUCACUGGGGAGUCGCCAGGCUUCGCGGUAAGAAAAACGAAAAAAGUCGACAGAAACGGAAGAGAAAGUCCGGAUAAAACUUUUCCACUUUUCCACCAAGGGAAUUCUGUCUUAAAAUCCUCUCAUUGGAACAUGUUUGGUCAGCACUUGCUACAAGCCACAACGUCCAUGUCAGGGGUCGCUUGUUUUGGGAAAUGACUGUCAGCACCGACGGCAAAAUAAUGGUCAGAAGAUGGCUCGUGACGUUCAAGCCGUUCAGGAUAUUCGUGGUGGGAAUAGGCUUCUUCAGCCUGUGCUUUCUAAUGACUUCUCUAGGGGGGCAAUUCUCAGCCAAGAGAUUGGGGGACUCCCCCUUCACCAUCCGUACUGAAGUGCUGGGAGGUGUGGAGUCACGUGGCGUGCUGAGGAAGAUCAGUGACAUGCUGGAGGUGAUUCUGAAACGAAUGGACAGCCUGGCCAAGUUGGACAACGCCACCGCCGCCGAUACGAGACGCCUGGACGAGCUCAGCUCUGCAAUCAACAAAUUUCAACCAGCCGGCCUCAUGGAGAUGAUCCAGACUAUUGCUCAGAAUGUCUCCAACAUGGCCGUCAGAGUGGAGCAGAUACUGCAAACCAGCAUCCUGCAAGGAAAAGCUUUGCGAGAUGGAACAUCAAGCCAGUGCGAGGUACCCAAAGACCCCCGCUACCCAGAGUGUCCCGGAAAAGUGGAUUGGAUGCGAGCACGGUGGACCUCUGACCCUUGCUAUGCGUUCUACGGUGUAGACGGCUCCGACUGCUCCUUCCUCGUCUACCUGAGCGAAGUGGAGUGGUUUUGCCCCCCGCUGGUCUGGAGGAACCACAGCAGCCCGCCCAGCCCCCAGCAAGUCCAGCAGCCCAAGGGCACCAAGAGGCCUGCUGCCUUCCGCACGGAUCUGUCCAUGUUACUCGACCAGAUCGGCGCGGGAAAAGAGUCUUUGAGCUUCAUGAAGCGUAGAAUCCGACGUCUCGCGCCGCAGUGGACGACGGCUGCCAACCGCCUCAAUACCAAGCUGGAGCAUCGCUGGAGGGACCAAAAAAAGAUCCUAAUCCACGUCGGGUUUCUAACCGAGGAGUCUGGCGACGUUUUCAGCCCCAAGGUGCUGAAAGGGGGUCCUCUGGGCGAAAUGGUCCAAUGGGCCGAUAUCCUCACCACGCUCCACGUUCUGGGACACAACCUGAAGAUCUCAAUGUCUGUCAAGGAGCUCCAGAGCUUCCUGGGUGUGCCCCCCGGCAGAGGCAGUUGCCCACUGACUGGCCCGCUGCCGUUUGACCUCAUCUAUACGGACUACCACGGCCUGCAGCAGAUGAAGCAGCACAUGGGGCUCUCGCUAAAGAGACACAAAUGUCACAUCCGAGUGAUUGACACGUUUGGCACAGAGCCAGCUUACAACCACGAGGAGUACGCUACUCUGCACGGAUACCGGACCAACUGGGGCUAUUGGAACCUGAACGCCAGGCAGUACAUGACCAUGUUCCCUCACACGCCAGACAACUCCUUUAUGGGCUUCGUGUCGGAGGAGCUGAACGACACGGAAAAGAGGAGCAUCCGGGAAAAUAAAGUCAACAGCAUGGCGGUGGUGUACGGGAAGGAGGCCAGCAUGUGGAAGGUACAAAGGGGGGGGGGGGGGGGGGGCAAAGAAGGUUUCCUGCAGAUUCUCCAUAAAUACAUGGAGGUCCACGGCACGGUGUACUACGAGACGCAGAGACCUCCGGAGGUUCCGGCCUUUGUCAAGAACCACGGCCUGCUGCCCCAGCACGAGCUGCAGCAGCUGCUGCGCAAAGCAAAACUCUUCAUCGGCUUUGGUUUUCCAUAUGAAGGCCCCGCCCCCUUGGAAGCGAUUGCCAACGGUUGCGUUUUCCUCCAGCCAAAGUUUAAACCGCCUCACAGCUCGCUCAAUCACGAGUUCUUCAAGGGAAAGCCCACAUCAAGAGAAGUGUCGUCGCAGCAUCCCUACGCGGAGCAAUACAUCGGCAGGCCUCACGUCAUCACCGUGGAUUACAACAACUCUGUGGAGUUUGACGCUGCCAUCAGAGAGAUUAUGAGAACCAAGGUUGAACCGUACCUGCCUUACGAGUACACGUGCGAGGGCAUGUUGGAGCGAGUGCACGCCUACAUACAGCAGCAGGACUUUUGUGCCUCGGAGCCAGCCUUCAUCCCCGCCAACGUGUCCAGGCAGGGCGACAACCUCGCGAGGCCUCUCUUUGUGGCCCUGGCCAACUCCACUGCCCUGGGCUGGGCGCCCGACGUGGCCGCCACCGCCUGGCCGCCUCUCAGCUCCCUGCGGCUGCUCGUAUCGCAAGAGGGAGAGUCGUGCGUGGAGGCGUGCCGGAGCCACGGCUUCAUCUGCGAGCCCGCUCACUUUCGCUUCAUCAACAACAAGGAGGCUCUGCGCAGGUUGGACGUGCAGUGCGAGGUGCUAGACUCGGAGAUGAACCACGUCCUCCCGGCCUUCUCCGUGUUACGACGCGAGUGCGGACUUCAGCGGGAGCCCCUGCUCUUCAGCUGCGCUGGCCACUCGCCGAAAUACAGACGCCUGUGCCCCUGCAGGGACUUCCGGCGGGGACAGGUGGCGCUGUGCAGGGACUGCCUCUGAUCAUAGGACUAGAAUUGGAAGAAUUGGCGCUGAGGCAGGUAAUGAAUGAGCGCUUUCCUGACAGUGCAGGGAGGCGGCCUCCCCUUUGGAAGGAAGCAAGGAAGCGCUAUGCAUGAAUUUCAAAUGCUACAACGGGCACCAGGUAUGGAGCUUCCUAUGUGGCCGAGUUACUCAUUUGGAGCGUUUGGAAAGCAGACCGGAGUGGAGCCCGCCUCUCCCUGGGGGACUUGAGGAACUCAUCCGUUCAUUUUGGGAUCACUUAGUCGUCACUUCUGGAGGCAGAGAAGGCCGCUGUGUCGUUUCUUCGCACGCGUGGACUCCAACGAGAAGGCGAGCACAGUUCAAUAUCCAAUCUUCUUUCAGCGCACGCACAAAAGGGAGACGGACAAGCGGGGGUUAUAGCCCCCCACCCCCACACAUCUCCCCCUCCCGUACCCACUCUUUCCUCUUCCGUUGUCGAUUGGCAGAGUCAUUUAUCAGACCAGGGCCGUGAGUCGGAGGCAACAUCGCUCAGUGUAAUCGUCUGUGGUCACAAAAGGCAGGAAAAGCAGCGGAGAGGAGCACAAAUAAAGGCGACAAAAUUAUUUUUCACUGAAUACGUUCGAGUGGAGUCCUCGGGGGCUGCCUGAUGGAGGUGAGGUCAUCAAAUAAAAAGAUCA